AUGACACAGCUGCUCCGUCAGGUCACCGGAGCCAUUCCUCAACCACAGCCACCCCCACCCCCACCUCCAAGGCCACAGCCACCACCACCACCUGUACAGCCACCUCCACCCCCACAGUCACAACCUAUACAUAGAUCCCCACUAGAUAGACUACAGAAGUAUGUGACAGUUGACUUCAGGGAUUUUUCUCUCUUAGUAGCAUCAGCCCUUGAUGUGGAGAGAGUCAGAAAUGAAGAGCAGUCUAGAAAGGAUAGGCAAUGCAAGAGGGAUUCUGGAUCUGGUCUGUCCGGUUCAGCAGACACGGAUAGUAAGAGGCCCAAGGAGUCUCAGGGUCAGAUUCAGGGUCGGGGUAAGAAGCAGAAGUCUCAGUUUGCUCCAAGGAGAGGAGGAGGACAGUCUGGUGUAUCAGUGGGUAAUUCACCUGGUGCAGCUACACAGGGAUCAGCCCCACCACUUGCUUUUCAAGCAGGAAGUCUGAAGGAUGUUGUCACUCAAAACUUUGAGAUGUCAGCGGAGAACAAGGAGGUAUCCAACAGCACCUUAGCCCCUACCCUCAAUUAUACACGUACUCAACCUAUAACCCCUUCUAAACCAUGUUUCGCUCCUCACGAGCACUUUAAAAUGACUUAUUCCAGACCCUCCAAUGAUGCUACUCCCCAAUCAAACCCAAAACCUAUCACGACCACUGACUCCUUCCCACUAGAUCAAGAGGUAGAAUUUAUAACUCGGAGUGAGAGGUGUUACGAAAAUGAUAAGAGGGAAAAGAAGAAGGGAAAAGUAAAAAUAGGAGAGCCACAAGAGAACAUGGAGGAUGGGGCUUUGAGAGUUGAGAAAGGGGAACCUGCUGAACCAAAGGAAGAGGAAGAAUUGUUGCUAUAA